AUGAGCACAGUCCGAGAAAAAAUCCUGACAUCCUACCUCCAUUCAAGAAGAUCACUACUUAAACCCCCGUUUGCUUUGCAUUGAGUGUUUUUUUGUGGCGCGGGACCAGCGGGAACAGUCCGAGAGCGUGAUGUUGCUUCUGAUGCUGAUGUUGAUGUCCGUGGUUUCAUUGGCACGCAGUGAUGAUGAUGAUGACUUCUGCUAUGAUGAGGAGCACUGUGAUCCAUAUGCAUGGGGUGAUAGCUACCCCUCUUGCCAUCCUCUUCUGGAGAGCCACCACUCUCCCAUCAACCUGGAUCACCCGCUGACGAAGAACCAGUCUUUAGACUCUCUGCAUCUGGAAGGGUUUAACUUGACUCAUAAAGGUCAAUGGUGGCUGACAAACCAGGGUCACUCCGUUGUGCUGGAGCUGGGUAACGGUAUGCAGGUGAGUGGCGGAGGGCUUCCUGGGAUCUAUCGCACCAUCCAGCUGCAUUUCCAUUGGGGAAGCGUGUCUUCAAACGGUUCUGAACACACCUUGGACCGCCUGAGAUUUCCUAUGGAGAUGCACAUAGUCAACAUCAAAUCCACGCAUCCAAAUUUGACGUCCGCCCUCGAAGACCCAACUGGCCUUGCUGUGCUUGGAGUCUUCGUCGAUGUGACGUAUUUGCACAAUGAAAAUUUCCAGGCCAUCUCCAAUGCACUUCCUUCUGUCACCUACAAAGGACAAACCAAAUCGAUCAGACCAUUUCCUUUGAUAAAUCUGUUACCCGAGAACAACCUAACGCAGUAUUACCGUUAUCACGGCAGCCUCACAACGCCGCCCUGUUCGCAGGUGGUUUUGUGGACCGUGUAUGAAGUACCCAUUUAUAUAUCAUGGGCUCAGUUCGAGCUGUUUGUAAAAGGGAUAUAUUCCACGGAGGAAUUAGCCGAUAAACAGGUUCACCUGCAGAACAACUACAGACACAUCCAUCCAACCUACGGUCGGCCUGUGUAUGCCUCCAAAGAUGCUAAGAUGCUCACCAACGGAAUUCCCCCUCUUGCCAUUUUCAAUCUUUUUCAAGUUUGUCUAUUUUUUGGCCUUUUAAACAUUUAGCUUUUUGAAUACUGCAGAACGACAGUCCACUUCAAAUACCCGGAAACUACUCGGAAAGCACCACUGGUAGCCACCAGUCUAAAGACCCCUUUACCACAAGAACGGUAACGUUCUCUUGAAUAUAAGCGACCUGCGAUUAUGUGUCUGUCACUUUAAAUCCUGUGGCUGUUUAAAGAUGGCGGAUUAUGAUUGGCUGUCAAUAACUGAACGCUUCAACUCGAAAAAAGCUGAAUUUGAACGACUAUUAUAAACGUAGAAUUAUUAACGUUAGUUAUCUUUAAGGCCCGUUCCCACCAAUGGACUCCGAUUGGAUGUCGUGUCUAUCAGCUGGAAAUAAAUAGUGAAUCCAACGAUAACGUUCCUCCGUCGUUAUCGUUCUUUGAUUUGGUCGCCAUUUUCCCGGCAUUAGAACGAACAUUUUUAGUUAAGGUCCUUAAAAUGAAUUGCAAUUAAUUGUAGUUCACCAAGAACGACUGUGCUACUUAUUUGUACGCAGAAACGAAUUUUAGUAGCAAUUUUGUUCACACAUGUAUAAACAACCCCAUAGCCAGACCGCUAUCGGAUGAGUGAUUUUUCUUAGCGGGACAUCCCCUUUUACGUAUUUCCCCUCAUUCAUAUUGAACUUGAUCACUCAAAGCCUUUUUCCAGUCAUACACAAAAGCCACUUCGUGGUAUUUAAAAUGUACGGUACACUAGAAAGAUUAAAUAAUAAAAAUAAUUAACGGGAGUUUAUGACCAUAUAAAAGCAUGCACACCUAUGUAGAUAUAUCAAACUUGAACCAGUGAAGAUAUUCUGUGAAAACGCAUACCUCAGGAGACAAACUAUUUGAUGUACAGUAGCAAAGUUAUCGAUAGUUUGACUCAAGUGCAAAGUGUUCUUUUACAAAUGAUAAAGUGUUGAAAUAAAAAUGG